ACCAAAGACCAAAUUGGGGCAUGGUGAGCCUGGUAGGUCAGGGCUAAAAAUUAGGCAGCUCCUUCCGCGACAGCAGUCAAAUUGCGAUGCACAAACUCAUGUAAACCAGGGGAUACACUAUCACAAGGGCUGGCACUAAAGGCAAGUUUCCAUGGGUGACAUUUAAACGCCACACGUUGACUGAGGAGGCUGUGCGUAACGCACAUCCAGCUACCCGGGCAGUGCUGCGCAAAACCAUGAGUAUUUUGUUAGUGUUUUUGGAGAACGCCAUAUGUACUCUCUCUGCAGCGCACAGCUUCCACGAGUGUACACAAAUUCUAUAAUGUCUUUUUAACAAUACCAAGUCAAGAGGGCCUUUUACCACGGUCAGAGCUGGGAAAGGACGCAAACGAAGCAGAAAGUAGGUGUCCCGGCUUAGACGCGGAUGAUGAUGAUGAUGAAGAUGACACCGAGGACGUCCGUCUCAUCCCAAGAUGCUCCCCGGUACCGAGGAAGCGAGGGUCGUCAUCUUCGACGAGACCGCUGAGUACCUGCGAAUCCACGCGGCGCUGGGAAAAAAGAUGUGUCGUUUGCCGAUACAACAGGUGGGAUCUAGUGGGACGUGAAGGAAUUUUUUGCUUUCGAUUCGGAGGACGAGGAGACAAGUGCCAGGUGGGAAGAAGAGGAGGCGAAAUAUAGGAAAGCAGAGAAAAAGCCGAUCUAUGAUGUGCACCCAGAGUUUAAGUCACCCAGCGGCAGUGCGCUUCUGCAGGCUGUGCGCACAAACAAAGUGGAGGUCGAGCAAGUGUUUUCAGUAGAUAGUGAACCACUUGCAUUCUGCGGGAUAGUACGAGUCCUGAACGUAUCUUUCCACAAAGCAGUUUACAUCAGAUCAACCAUGGACAACUGGGCUACUUACUUUGACCACCCAGCAGAGUAUGUCCAGGAAUCUAAUGACGGAGACACUGACAAGUUCUCCUUCAAGUUGUCUUUGCUCCUCCUAUAUCACACAUGGCUCCUCGCAUUGAGUUGUUAUUCGCUAUGAAACCUCCUGAUGGUGAUACUGGGCCCAAUAACUCCCAAUGAAUUAUGUGGUAACUCUGCUCCUGUCCUAUGAAGAAGACUCUCCUGCGACAAACAUCGACAUAAGUGAGUUGAGAGGUAUCCUGAAACCUCCGAGACCAUACAGGAUGGAUUUUAAUUCAGAUCUGGAGGAUGAGCGAGACAAAAAAGCAGACGAAGCAGGGACCUCCCAAGCCGGCCUUGUCCGACCCACAGCCAUCUGCCCACUCCUUAUUCAGCCAGACAUCGACGUGGAGAUUGCGGUUCACCCAUCUGGUCUCUCUGUCCCACCCAACCAAGAGCUUCCAUCUGUUGAUGGCACACAGUCCGCUCAUACCGUAUCUGCACUAUUUCCUUCUAUGUCUUCCUCAACCCCACUUCAAACUACUUUACCCUCUGUACUCUGUACCAACGAAUCAGUCCAAUCAAAUAAGUCAGAGCCUUCACCCGGAGUCCGUUGUGUGUUAGGUAGCCAAACCUCAGAGCAGCCCAAAGACAGCAGUCCCUUUGCACUGCUGCCUGCCACAGUUCCCUCUAUAUCACCAGAGUCAAGGCUGAGAUCAGACAGCUCCCCGGCUGGCGAAGAGGAGAUCUCUUCUUUGGAGACUCCACGCAAGCGCUGUCCCACCACAGAGACGAAUCUGUGGCCAACAGGAGAAUACGGAUCAACCCAGAGCCCGGCCGGCCGUCCUUGCCUUGAACUGCCUGCUGAAUGUGUCUCUGCUCUCAGUGUGACUCAGAGCUCUGAGCCAGAGGUUGCAGUGGGAUUGAGUGAACUUGUUGCAGGAUUAUCAGAAGGUUCCACCAGGUCUGCAGCACAUUAUGAAGGCAGCGUGCCUGUGCUCUUGUCUCCUGUGGCAGAGAGUCAGGGAGCAGAAGGUGAAGCUCCCCCGUCACUUGAACCUGCAGAGAAUGACUCACUGAGUACAGGUGUCAGUGAGGUGAAGGAAAACUUGGCUCUUCAUUCUGCCUCGGCCAGGGAGGAGAGGCAAGAUGCUCCCCAGAUAUCCCCUGACACAUUAUUAGAGAAUCUACCAAGUACAUUGUCUGAGCAUGACGUAAACGUCAAUCUGAUGCCAUCAAUCAUCUUUCUGAGUGGAGUUGUUUCCUUGUCUGUCAUGUUGCAGGAACCCAGUGCCCUGUUAAUCAUUGGACUAUUUUUGGUUUUGUGUCGUUUGUGAUUUAUGCCACAGAUGUUUCUCCUAAACUGUUAUCCAUGGAAGUGCCUUUUUCAUGAUUCCAAAUUAAGCCAAUUGGUUAAAAAUCCACAUUUAGUUUCUGUUGUAGAUGUGGAUUUUUAGUUAACACUGUGUGAGUUUGUAGACUGAUGUAUAUUUUCAUCAAGGAAAGAAGAGGCAUUUGUAAGGAUGACCAUGCAAAAAUAAAGUGAGUAAAAACCUAUAUUUUCAGGAACUGUUGAGAGUAUCUUGUUAUAUUGCACAAUACAGAUGAUCUGCCAUGUUGUUCUUUAUCUCUCCCAUCCUUUCAGCAACAUUGUGAUCACUCCAGUGAUAAAGCAUAGUAUCUUAUCAUUGUGGAUGUUUUUGCAAGUGAUUUGUAAUCACUGUUUUCUGUCAUGUGGAGUGUACCAGGCUUUAUAUUCUGAUAUCAUUACUCACUUCUACAAUGCACUUAUUUUGGAUGUUUGUGUUGGUGUGUAGCUAAGGGUGAUCUUGUGAAUUCCAUGUAUUAUUAUGUGUUUAAUGAAGAACAGAAGCAUUGCCAUGGUCACACACUUAAGAGACCUCUUACAGAAAUUGUAUUUUGUUUACAGAUGCAAAAGCAAAACACACUUAAGCAAACAAUUUUGCCUUAAUUAUAAAGAAAUUAUAACCUGCUAACAUUUAGCAACAUCAGUUGGAAACUGAUGUUGCUUAAGGGACAAAAAGUGUACCAGCCUCAACACUACUCCUCAUGGAGAAGUCUUCCUGUUAAUACUUUCUCCUAAACACAAUAUUACCGUUGCACAAUAAUAUAUUUUAUAGCACUACUUUGACAACCUCACAGAGUGACUGUACUGUAUGUGACAUGUUUGAAGUGAUAAAAGGUUUUGCAGUGAGUUGCCAUUAAACGUGGUCUGAUACCGUGCA